AUGGUGCCGCAGAGUCUACGCCUUCAGACCGCCGUCACCUUCAAUCUUUCCGUAUUCACGCCCGGACACAAUUGCUCCCCCUCCGUCUAUCAGGUUCGUGUCUGGCCCGCCGGUGAGGGCAACGUUGACCCGGCUGGAACCCUGCUGAAUAUCACUCUUACGAAACAGGACCUCUUUAGCAUGGCCAAUCGAUACAGCCGAAGAUGCUGUUUCAACGUCACAUCUCUGCGCCCGGGCUCCUAUUAUCGAUACCAUGUAGUCGCCGAGAAUGCGGCUGGCAAGACUCCCUACAUGGGCUACUUCUGGACGAGGAACGCCCUAGGUUCAGUACCCAUCGAGAGUACCAGCAAUCGCUUGGGCAGGGCCAGUUUUUUCAACCAACCCGCCAUCAUUGUCCCCCUGACUGUCAUCCUGGUCUUCCUGCUCGUCAUCUGUGUCGGCAUCCUCUUCUACUGCCGUCAUCGUCGAUUCGAGGCGGAACUACAGCCCACGAAGCCGGCU